UUCCCCAAUUUUCGUUCAUGACAGUGCUCGGCUUUGUACUGGGUUUUUCUUCGCCCGUAUUAGAGUCUUGAUUUUAGUGACUAAGCAGUGAUUUUCUGUUGCAGAAACACAAACUUCUGUGCCAGAUUUUUUUUUCUUACAACGGACAGUGAUGGCUUCCCUCUUCAAAGAUCCAUCCAAACUCUCUGCAUAUCGGGAUAGGAGGUUUUCUGGAACGCAAGAAGAAUUUGAACGUGCACUUCAGACCUCAACUACUGUUUACAUUGGGAACAUGUCCUUCUACACUACAGAAGAGCAGGUGUACGAGCUUUUUUCUAGAGCUGGAGAAAUUAAAAAGAUAAUUAUGGGAUUAGAUAAGAACACGAAAACCCCUUGUGGGUUUUGCUUUGUCCUGUACUACUCUAGAGAAGAUACUGAGGAUGCAGUUAAAUAUAUCAGUGGGACAAUUCUUGAUGAUCGUCCAAUUCGUGUUGAUUUUGAUUGGGGAUUCCAAGAAGGAAGGCAAUGGGGCCGUGGUCGAAGUGGCGGACAAGUUAGAGAUGAAUAUCGUACUGACUAUGAUCCUGGCAGAGGUGGUUAUGGAAAAUUGGUUCAGCGAGAGCUGGAACAGAGACAGCUUGUGGAUUAUGGAACUGGUUCAUUGGGCUCUUUCCCUCCAGUCAUGACACCUUAUUAUGGCAGGCAUGGCGGAAGCCAUGGUCAUGGAGGUUAUCAUCGGCAUGGUAGAGAUUAUCACCGGAAGCGGCACCGAGAUGAUGAUCGUCAUACAAAUGAUUCCUCGAGGAGAACCCUAGAUCAUGAAUCAAGGAGAAACUCUGAUCCUGACUCCCGACCGGAGAAGAAUCCGCGUUUUCGUGAGAGUGGCGACUCUGAUGAAGAUGAGGAGGAAUAUGAUCGAAAGCGACGAUCUUAGCCUAUUCUUACUGCUGUAUUUUGAAUUAGCAAGAUAAUGUGAUAGCAUUUUGUGCAAAGUCUAAUGAAGGGUAUUAAUUUCAAUGAAGGUAAAUUUAUGGUCAUGAAA